AACUACCUGUGCGCGUGCUGCCCGUGUGUGUGACUGUUGGUCAAACAUUUCGUCGUGGAUAUUUGCUCCUACUAGCUUUGCGAGGUGACAGUAUCCUGCUACCCAAAGGCUGUUUGAGAGAGUAACACAAAAGACUUCAACCUCUCCUCUAGCCAGGAAGCCAUCACUGCAGCCCUGCCAUCAGCAGCAUGGACUAUUACACGCCCCAGCCGAAUCGACGCCACAACCCCGUGGACAGCAUUUGCCGCAAACUGCAGACCAUUCAGUGGCGUGGUGACCGAGAGCCAAAUUCACCUUUCCAGAUUCCCAAACUCUCCUCCAGCAAUUACGACAGCCCACAGAGCGGCCUCAGGCACAACCUGGAGGCCAUCCUGAAGAAAGGGACCAUCCACAGAGACGAAAGGGAGAGGGGGAAAGGGAGAGGGAUGGGUAUGCCGAGCUCUGCAGCUUCGCAGAGGUGCAGUCUGGGUAACUCUGUGCCUCUGUCUACCCCUUCCACCCCAGCAUGCACCCCCUCCACACCAACUAAUGUCACAUACACUAUCACCAGCACAAUGGGUGAGAGGAGAGGUGCUGAUGGGAGUGAUUUAAGACAAGUUAAACAAUGGCAGAGGUAUUGUUCAACGCCCACAGCCCAGGCCAAAGACUCCCCUUACUUCACAUUCACACGAGGACCCCAGUCCGUACAGCCCGAGAGCGAGAGGCCGAGCAGGAGCCCGCCUCUGUGUCGUACCUUCACCCCAAACCACAGCACCCUCUCCUACAACCUGAACUUCUGCUCAGGGGACAUGGGGAACUCAACAGAGUGUGAGCUGCCCUACCCAGCUCUGGUUGUGAAAAGACUGUCUUUGGGAGAUGGAGGAUCGUCAGUGGCCUCUGAAAACAAGAAGGAGAAUAUGGCAGAAAUCAGCCUCAUCUGUGAGGAGAAUCUACUCGAUACUAUCUUCCAUGCCUGUGACACGCAGCGCCGAGGUAAAGUGUACGUAUCUCACAUUGUGGACUAUCUGCGGCACACCACCAGUCGCAGCUCAGAAGACAGUGGACUAGAGGACCUCUGCAAUAUGCUUGAUCCAGAACACAAAGAUGUCUCCAUUGACCUGGAUACGUACCAUGCUGUCAUGAAGGAGUGGAUUGAUGACUGCCGCAACAACGGGGAAGAGCAAGCGGAUGACAUCACUCAGGAAUCUGUCAAAUACAAAGACAGUCUCUCUGCUAAGAGGUCGAUGCUGCUCAAUAUGACCUCAGGAAGCUUGGAGGCCUUUGGGGGGGAGGCAUCCAGAGCAGAAUUUGAGACGUCAGAGCUGGUGUAUUGCGUUGCCGACCUUCAGAUGAGCAACCAAAAGCUCCAGGAGGAAGUGAGGAAGCUGAAGCAAGUGGUGGACAGCAUGGAGGAUGGCAACCAGAAACUAGCAGAGGAGAAUGAGGAGCUCCGCACUCAGAACAGGGUUCACCAGCAGCUGGCCCAGAAGGAGAAGAUGCUGAAGGAGGAGGUGGAGGAGAUGAAGGCCACUCUGAGCUGUACGGAGGAAGGCAGAGCUCGUGCCUCUGCACACAGUAAACAUGUGGAGAGAGAGAACCAGAGUCUCAUUGCCAAGAUUGCUUCUCUUCAGGAAGAGAACUUCAAGGUCACCAUGGAGACGGACGAGCUUCAGAGGAGAAUAACAGAGCUGUGUGACAUUAACGCUGACCUUCAGGUGCAAAUACACUCUUUUGAUGCUGUUGUUGGUGAAAAGGAAGCUGUUAUUCUGGAGAAAAGCAGACAGAUCAAUGAGCUUAAGGUAGCAGUGGAGGAAUACUCCUCCAUCACAGAGCUGCUGAGGGCGGACAAAAGCAAGCUGGAGGCCCAGAUGCAGAUGAUACACCCAGACCUGACUGGGGCUGGUCUGUCCCUGUCGGUGGCGUACAGGUUGAAUCAGAGCAGCUCAGGAUCCCUACAGACAGAACUGGCUCUGGCACAGUCACCACUGGAGGGACCUCAUGGAGUUGAUUUGUCCACUACUAUGAGCCUUGCUUCCCCUCUGGAUGAGACGCUGGACAGGGAGGUGUUGCUGAUGCUGCAGGGACCCAACCCUGAACACAUGGCUCUGGAGUUCAAGAGCCUCCUGAAUAAACUGAAAAGGGAUUUCAGAGAAGAAACCCACUCUGUGUUGUCUAUAACUAGAGGCUUGCUGGAUGACCGCACACAGCCAGCGGGCAACACAGACACAAGUGUCCAGACACUGCAGGCCGAGCUGGACGCGAGGAGGGCAAACUGGGCCCUCAGCCUGGACCAGCUGGCCCAGUACACAGACUCACUGGAGAAGGAGCUGAUCAAAAUGGCCAGUAACAUGAGGAGGUCCCGCACUGAGAUCCUGCACCUUUCAGUCCGGGUGCAGGAGCAGGAGAACCAGAAGCGGCAGCUGUGUGAGGAGCUGGAGCAGUUAAAGACACCUCAAGACAGCAGAGAGGCCUCAUGCCAGACACCUGCACCAGAGGAAGAGACUGGAGAUGACUUGGACUGGGAUGAGGAGUUCGCCCUUCAAGACUUCCUGAAAAACGAGUUAGCAGAGAGGAAUUGCAGAGAACAAGGCGGUCGAACGGACAGAGGAGAAGAGGAGGAAGGGGAGGAGAAGUGGACAGUGGUGGACACAGCUGGAGAGGGAGAAGUGAGGGACACAUCCACUCCUCAGUCUGCAAUCUCUAGGGAGGCCCAGCUUGGGCAUGGUGCAGCAGGAGAGGGUCAAGACUCUGCAGCCUGCACAGAGCCAGAGGUUAACCAUCUAGCUUUGCAGGAGGAGGCAGCAGUGCCACUGAGCGCCCACUCACAGGCUGUCAGCAUUACACACCCAGAGGCGGAUGCUCUCCCUGAUCUGUCCCACUCAGAGAACAACAAUGCAGAGGGUCUUAAGACUGCAGAGUCGCCCUCCUGUGGCCCAGACCAAAAUCUGAGUAACUCACCAGAACAGGAGCAAACGGUCAUACGUAAUAAUACCCCUCCCACAGAAGCCCAGAUGGUUCCUCCCGAUUGCACAUCACCUGAAACAGAUGAGACCAUUACCCAGACUGAGAGCAUCCAGCCAACCAGUGAGGACCACAGAGGAGAAGAGGAGAAAGACGGCGAGGCGGAUUUGAGCGCAGGAGCCAUGAGUCGUACUAAGAGCGUGAGCCGGGACCAGUCGGCAGACAGAUCCGCAGCGGAGGACAGCACUUGUCUGUUACCUGUGUUGGUCGAAGAGGAGGAGAGUGUGCAGGACAGUACAGCAGAGGUGCCAACAGUAGCCGCCAGCAUGGAAGGGACAGACCGGCUCACCAACAGCGGAGUGACCACCCUCUCUGACAGCAGCUCUCCUCAGUCAGGAUCGUCUGUCACACAUGCCAGCCAGUCAGGGAGCGGCAUGGGCAGCAUGACUUCUGACCCCAGCCAAUCGGAGGAUAGUGCAGCCAAAAAGGACUCCCUCCCCCUCUGUGGCAAAAAUAAGAGGGAACUGGAGCUGUCCCGUGGCAUGGAGGCCAUCGAGGAGCACAAGGUUCAGGAGGACCAAAGUGAGACAAGUGCAGUCACUGAGAAGGAAUCUGAGAUGUCACUAAUCUCAGACACCAGUGGCACCUGUGCAGAGGAAAAGAACAGCCUGUCACCUAACGACAAGGAGAUUGAGGCGGAGUUCCAGCGUCUGGCAUUGGGUUUCAAGUGCGACAUGUUCACCCUGGAGAAGAGACUCCGGCUGGAGGAGAGGUCACGUGACCUGGCUGAGGAGAAUGUCCGCAGGGAGGUAUCCAGCUGCCAAGGCUUACUGCAGGCCCUGACUCCUCUGUGUGAGGACGACAAUCAGUCCAUGGAGAUCAUCCAGAGGCUCCAGAAGAACCUUGACAUCCUCAUCCAGUCCAUGACCAGAGUGUCCAGUCGCUCUGAGAUGCUAGGAGCUAUUCACCAGGAGAGUCGUAUUGGCAAAGCUGUGGAGGUGAUGAUCCAGCAUGUGGAAAACCUGAGGAGAAUGUACACCAAGGAGCACGCCGAGCUGCUGGAGCUGAGGGAGGCACUCAUGCAGAACGAGAGGUCAUUUGGAUCACAAACUGAAAGAGAUGACUUCCGUGGCAAGAAGCAGACAACACAGUACUACAAGUCAUCAACCCGGCGGGUCAGCAUAGCAGCGAUCCCCCGCUCUGGUGGAGGCAACAUGCACUUUGACAUGUCCAAAACACAAGACUGCUCAGAUGCUGAAGCAGAGAGACUGACCAGGCGAUCCCCAUGGAAUGUGGCAGGGAAGAGCAGUGCGCGCCCCCCACUAAAGCGCUUUGUUAGCUCUGCGGCCUGGGUUGACACUGAAGAGCCCUCUCUCAUGAUGAAGGGGACGGCCUACGACAACACCGACUGCCAGUCGGAGGACGAGCAGAAGGAGGAGCCGAAGGCAGAGAGGAGGAGGUCCAGUCUCAGUGAGCUGGGCAGCAAACUCACCUCCCUCAUUCUGCCCCUCAAGACUCCGAGCCCUUCCUCCAGCCCUACAUCCACAGACCCAGGAAUGGCCCAGUCUCUGUCUCACAGCCUGACCUCUUCGAGGGCGGCCGCAGCAGCAGCAGUAGCCAGAGGAGGCAGAGGUCUCUGGCUUUGGUUGGCGAUGGUGGUGGUGUUAGCAGCUCUCCUGGCGCUGCUGGCCAGCCUGGUGAUGCAGCCAGCUGUAGAUGCAGCGCCUGUGGGGACCGGGGACUCCUGGAUGACCAUCCAGCAGCUGCUGUGGCCCUACACAGGGCUCCGGCACAACGGACAGCCCCCCGUUUAGCCCCUGAGACCCGGAGUGAAUGGUGUUACCGCCCAUCAGCCCUCUGAAGAAAUGAUCUGUGCACUGGGAUGGUGAUGGAGAAAGCAAAGUGCACAGCAACUGAGCGGAGGCUGCUGGGAUGUUUACUGGUGCCUGAAGAUUUCCUAAAACAAGACUUGCAUUGACAGCACAGGCCAGGCCUCAGGGGAUAGUUAACCCUGUGAAGGAUUUUAUGCAUCACAUCACGUUUGCUAAAUUAGUUAGUCUUUGUGUGUGUGUGUGUGUAUGCGUGUGUCUGUUUUAAGAGAUGAAGCAGUUACGGGUGUGGGCAACAGUGGGCUGCUCAACAUCCCGAACACAUCAUGAUGCAGUUUUCCCGUCAGCGCUGGUGUCUGUCUACCCGGACAGAACACAAUCUGUCUAAUCAGGCUUCAUCAGUCAUCAGAGCUGGUGCAAAGAUGAACAAUCAUGUCACAACUUCAUGAGAAUGACAGCACUGAUUCACCAAGUCACACAAUGGGGCCGCUGUGCAGAUUUCCAUUGACAAACAUCAUGGACAACGGCUUUUUAAACACAUUUCAUGCACUUAAGGAAACGGAGGACAAUCAGCCUUUUUAAUGGAAUUUUGCAGAGGACAUUUUAUAACUUAAGUCUAUAAACACUGGUAAUAAAAUGUUCAUUUUAAGUGUUUUAAAAAUGUUGAAAUCUAUAUUUAUGAGUUUGUUAGUUUUGAGUGGGGAUAUGUGAAUAUCUGUUUAUUUUUGUUAAGUUAUAAUUCUACAUUGUUACAGUUUUAACACCAAAGGGUUUUUUUAUGUUCUUUUUUUUGUGUUCUUGCUGUGAUUGUCACCGUUUUCAACUUCAUAGUCUUUUGUAUGUUCCAAAGAUGAUGUGUGAAACUUUGCACAAAUAAAGUAGCCAAUUCUACAAUA